AUGAGCCCUCAACAAGAGAAAAACAGAAGAGAAAGCAUAAAAGAUCAAGUAUAUCCUGGAGUCUGGGACACUGAGCAGCCUGGAAGGGCUAAAAAUGCCCUACCUGUGAUAAUAGAUCUUAAGCCUGGAGCUCAACCAGCUAGAUUAAAACAAUAUCCUUUAAGGAAAGAAGAUAUGGAAGGAGUUUUGCCUAUUGUAGAAAAAUUCUUAAAGUAUGGGCUGCUAACAGAGUGUGAAUCAGCUUACAAUGCUCCAGUUUUACCUGUAAGGAAACCAGCUGGAGGGUAUCGGUUAGUGCGGGACCAAAGGGCUAUAAAUAAAAUAACAAAGGAUAUCCAUCCUGUGGUGGCAAACCCAUACACCCUCUUGACUCAAUUAAGAACAGAAUUAGAAUGGUUUACCAUCUUGGAUCUAAAAGAUGCCUUUUUCUGUUUACCCCUGGCCCCUGAGAGCCAGCCACUGUUUGCCUUUGAAUGGGAGAACCCAGAAACUAACCGAAAGUGUCAAUUAACUUGGACAGUCUUGCCCCAAGGAUUUAAGAACAGUCCUACUAUCUUUGGAAAUCAGCUUGCAAAAGAAUUAGAAAAGUGGAACAAGCCAGAAGGCAAUGGAGUUCUGCUACAGUAUGUAGAUGACAUCCUGCUGGCCACCAAGACCAGGACGGAUUGUGAAAGGUGGACUGUGAGUAUGCUGAAUUUCCUGGGACUGAAUGGGUAUCGAGUUUCCCCACAGAAGGCCCAAAUAGUACAGCAGCAAGUAACCUACUUGGGAUAUGAAUUAACAGCAGGACAACGAGUGCUGGGCCCCGAAAGAAAGGAGGCCAUCUGUUCUAUCCCCCUGCCAAACACAGUAAAGGCACUCCGAACCUUUUUGGGAAUGACAGGGUGGUGCCGGUGGUGGAUUUAUAAUUCUGGCCUGCUUGUGAAACCCCUCUAUGAAUUAUGGAAAGAGACUGAUAAGGACUUGCAAUGGAAUGGGGAAGCUGAACAAGCUUUCCAUACCUUAAAGGAGGAAUUGAUGAGGGCACCAGCACUAGGCCUACCUGAUGUCACUAAGCCUUUUUUGUUGUAUUCCCAUGAAAGCCAAGGGAUAGCACUCGGAGUCCUAGCACAAACCUUAGGACCCUACCGAAGGGCAGUGGCAUACCUCUCUAAACAACUGGAUGAGGUAAGCAAGGGAUGGCCAGGAUGCCUGAGGGCCGUGGCAGCAGUUGCAAUUAACAUUCAAGAGUCUCGCAAAUUCACGAUGGGGCAGAAGAUCACGGUCCUGGUAUCACACACCAGCUCUGCUGUUCUAGAAGCCAAGGGAGGACACUGGCUGUCUCCGCAACGAUUUCUGAAACACCAAGCCAUCCUAGUGGAGCAGGAUGGUGUAGAAAUUAAAGUUGCUAACUUUGUCAAUCCAGCCUCUUUCCUCCAGGGUGGUGAUGGAGAACCAGUUAUUCACCAUUGUUUGGAAACAAUUGAGGCCACUUAUUCCAGCAGACCUGACCUGAAGGAAGAACCCCUGGAAAAGGCAGACCAUAACUGGUACACUGAUGGAAGCAGUUUUGUGACUCAGGGAGAAAGAAAAGCUGGGUACGCUGUAACUACAGCAGAAGAGGUAAUCGAGGCAGAAGCCCUACCAAGUAACACCUCCGCUCAAAAGGCAGAGAUAAUAGCACUCAGCAGAGCCCUUGAGCUUUCCCAAGGGAAAAGUGCAAACAUAUGGACUGACUCCAAGUAUGCCUUUGGGGUGGUACAUGCCCAUGGAGCCAUUUGGAAGGAAAGAGGACUGUUGACAUCUCAAGGAAAAGGUAUUAAGCAUGCAGAAGAAAUACUGAGGCUGCUAGAAGCAGUGCAGAAGCCAAGCAAAGUAGCCAUAAUGCACUGCAAAGCACACCAAAAAGGGAAUACUGGUCAGGAAAGAGGCAACAGACUGGCAGAUGAACCAGCAAAAAGGGUGGCCAGGGAGGGGAGGAAGGUGUCAGAGUUUGUUUUGAUCCCAGAUGGCAAACUGUCAAUUGAGCAAAAAGAGCCAGAACCUGUGUACAGCACAGAGGAUCAGAAAUUAAUCAAAGACCUUUUGGGGAAUAGGAUAGGAAAGGGCUGGGCCAGGACACCGGAUGGGAAAUUAAUCAUUCCCACUAACCUUCUCUGGGCUUUUGUUCAGAUGGAACAUGCAAAGACUCACUGGGGAGCAGAAGUCCUGUAUCGAAAAUUGGUUCGGGAGUGUAUAGCACAGAAGUUAUACACCACAGUAGAACAGGUGGUACAGCAAGUGAGCAAAAUUUUAGGGAUUGAUUGGCAACUCCACACCCCCUACAAUCCACAUUCGAGUGGGCAAGUGGAGAAAAUGAACCACUUAAUCAAAAAUCAGAUAGUAAAAAUUGGACAGGAAGCAAACCUGCCUUGGCCACAAGCAUUACCAAUUGCCCUGUUGCGAAUUCGAACUAAGCAAAGAAUAAAGGAAGGGUUGAGCCCAUUUGAAAUCCUGUUUCGAAGACCUUAUGUAGUAGGCACUAUGGACCCUUCUGAAGCAGGGCAAUUUAGAGAGGAAAUGUUGAACAAGUAUGUUCAGCAAAUUUAUAAGAACCUGAGCAUUGUCAACAAACAGGUGAUUGGAACCCAUGUGAGAGGGUUAGACAGACCAGUCCAUGAUGUGGAACCUGGAGAUUAUGUCUAUAUCAGAUCUCUUUCAGAGAACCCUCUGGAGCCCAAGUGGACUGGACCAUACCAGGUGUUACUGACAUCCUUCACAGCCAUCAAAAUCAAGGAACAAGCUGCUUGGAUUCACCACACCAGAGUCAAGAAGACCUCAGCGAGAGAAUGGAAACUCGAAUCCCAGGGGCCCCUGAAGCUCAAGUUGUAUCGAUAA